UUGUUGCUAAGAUGGACAUUUUUGUUAUGCCAGACUGUUGAUUGCAACUUCAGAAGUACUGCUUAAGAAAAUCCAGUCAGGUAUCGAUUGCUGCAAACAUGAAUUUCAAUGAAGAAUCCUAGAUGAUGGCUAUGGAGGAGCUGUUAGGCGAGCACCAGGCCUACGCGGAAAAGCUGAAGCGGACUCCGAGAGCUCAGCCCCGGCGCAGAGAGCAGCCCCUGCUGGAGGCGGUUGGUCCCGCUGUGCUGCUGGCGGAGGAGGCGGAGAAGGACGGAGCCGGGAUGGCGGCGCCUGCAGCCGCUGCCCGAGCACCGCGCAGCUUGCCUCCUGUCCCUUCUACGUCAAGAACAAGCUUUGCAGAAUUUUCCAUUAGGGAACGUAUGAGAGAAAAAUUAAAAGCUGCAAGGUCUAAAGCAGAAAAUGCUUUACUGCAAGAAGAUCCAAAUCCAAGACCAAGGCACUUAAAAAGCCUCAAGCAGAGAGAGUCAGAAACUAGAUGGGAUAAAGAGUCUGAAGAUGAGUCAAGGCACAUGCAAGAGGAUGAAUCCCAGAUGUCUUCUAGAGUCAAGUUUCGUGAUUCCGUCAAAAAACUCAAGCAAAAGUCACAUGUCCAGACUGAUUUUCCUUCUGCUGAAGAAGCUUAUAAGUUUUUUACUUUCAGUUUUGAUCCUGAUCCAGAGAAUAUAAAGGAUGAAACUAAGAGCAAAAAGAAGAGUGAAUCAAAUCAGGAGGAAGAGGAAGGGGAAGAACAGGAAUGUGUAGUAAGCCAUCAGCAAGAACAAACAGAGGAUGGAAUGGAUGAAGAGGACUGCCUUGUUAAUAAUAGAGAAGAUUUAUUCAUUAUAGAUCAAAUGGCUCGUGAUUUUCUAGUAGUAAAACCUGCAGAGUACAAAAGCUAUUCUGAGCGACUACAGAAGGAAAGAGAAAUUUUGUUCACUCCAAGCAUCCUAACAGUGCCUAUGUCUCAGAAGGUGCCUGAAAACAUGCAGCCAAGGUACAUAGAAGAUGAGGGUCUUUACACAGGAGAAAGGCCCAUAGUGUCACUAUCUAAUCAAAACAUUCUAGAGAACAGAAUACUGAGACAGGAGCAGGGAAAAAGGUGGUUUGGAGAUGAUGGCAAACUCUUAGCAUUGCCUAGUCCAAUUAAACAAUAUUCUACGAGACCGCCAAUAUUUUCAUUGGAGGAAGGCAUAGAACCAGAACUUGAAACAUUGUAUAGAAAGGCAAUGAAACCUAUGCAUGCUAACCAAUAUAUUGUUGGAUCUGGGGACCCUCAGGGACAGUUUCAACUGGACAUUGAUAUUUCUGGGUUAAUAUUCACCCAUCAUCCCUGUUUUAGCCGUGAACAUGUUCUGGCAGCCAAAUUGGCUCAGUUGUAUGAUCAAUAUCUAGCAAGAAGACAGCAAAACCUUACCAAACUCCUUACAGAUAAGCUGCAUGCUCUGAGGAAUGCUGUACAGAGUAGUUUGGACAACAGUGGAACCAGUGUCCCAAAUUCUGUAGCACAACAGAGCGUAACUGAAUAUAAAUUUGUAAUCAGGCAAACCAGAAGACUUCGUGAUGCUGAACAAGAAAAAGACCGAACAUUGCUGAAGACUAUUAUAAAAGUUUGGAAAGAAAUGAAAUCCCUGCGUGACUUUCAGAAGUUUACUAACACACCCAUGAAACUCUAUUUGAGAAAGGAAGAGGUUGACCAGAGAUCAGAUAAAAAAAUCUAUGAAGCAGAAAUUCAGGCUGAAAUAAAUGAACUAUUAGAAGAAUACAUGGAAGAGUAUGAAAAGAAAAUGGAAGAAUACAAAACUGAGCUACAAGAGUGGAAAUCUUGGAAAAAGGCACAGAAGACCAAGAAGAAAAAGAAAAUAAAACAAAGUCAAGACCAAGAGGAAGAAGAAGCAGAGAACUCAGAAUAUGUUGAGGAACCAGUAAAACCCAUCCCGCCUAAGCUGGCUGAUAGCCUGGAGGUAGAGCAACAAGUUAGAGAAAAAGCCAUCAACAUCAGGAGGAAACCUGGAGAACCUGUUUUAAUUCCUGAGUUGAGCCUAACGGGAAGUGUAACUCCUAAUGAUCUGUGCCCCAGGGCAGAAGUUUUAAGACGAGAAGAUGUAAAGAAACGUUCAUUGUUUUUAAAAGUUCUUUUCAACACUAAAGAAGUGUCGAGGACCAUCAGCCGGCAAAUAAGCUCAGACUUCAGAGUUCACUUUGGACAAAUUUUCAAUUUGAAAAUAUUCAAUUGGCCAGAGAGUUUGAAACUUCAGAUAUAUGAAACAAUGGGAUUCAGCAGCACUAACUUGUUAGCAGAAAUGUUUAUACCUGUCCCUGAGACUACAGUUCUCACUGGUAGAGCUCGUACAGAAGAAAUAGAGUUUAGCAGCAACCAGCGUGUGAUGUUGGACCACGAAGGAGUUGGGAGUGGCGUGCCAUUUUCAUUUGAAGCUGAUGGUAGUAAUAAGAUUACUUUAAUGACCUCUGGCAAAGUGUCCAGUAGUGUUUCCUGGGCAAUUGGAGAAAAUGGAGUACCCUUAAUUCCUCUAGUAUCACAGCAGAAAACAGGGAUUCCAAGUGCUUUAAAAAAUAUUGAUGCUGUUGCGUCUAUUGGCACUUCAGGCGUAACCGACAUGAAGAAACUAGCCAAGUGGGCAGCAGAAACAAAGCUGGAUCCAAAUGACCCAAAAAAUGCAGAUCUGAUGCAGUUGAUAAUGGUUGCCACUAGUGGAGAUGCUUGUGUUCCUGGUUUCUUCAGAUUGGAGCAAUUGCAGCAAGAGUUUAAUUUUGCUUCAGAUGAGGAACUUAACAGAUCAAAAAGAUUCCAACUCCUACAACUCAGACACAGAGAGGUGGCAGAGUUCCGUAAUUAUAAGCAAGUCCCUUUACUUGAAAGAGAAAUAACUGAAAAACUUUUUGAGAACUAUGAGAAAAGGCUCCGUGAGAGGGAUGUAAUUGACAGCAAAGAUCACCUAGAUGCGCACAGAGCUUUAGUUGCCAAGUAUCUCCAGAAGGUUAGAGAAUCAGUGAUAAACCGGUUUCUAACAGCAAAGCACCAUUUCCUUCUUUCUGACUUGGUAAAUGAAGAGGAGGUUCCUAGUCUUGGUAAUUUAGGACUCAGUCUUUUUAAACUGGCAGAGCCAAAGCGACCACUAAAGCCAAGAAGAAAGGAGAGGAAGAAAGUUACAGCACAGAAUCUAUCAGAUGGAGACAUAAAUCUUUUAGUGAACAUUAUUAGAGCUUAUGAUAUUCCAGUGAGAAAACCUGUUCUAAGCAAACUUCAACAGCCAUCCAGAUCUUCAAGGUCCUUUAAUGAGAUGUUUGCAGCGUCUCCAUCACCUCAGAGCCCAACCCGCAGCAUUGAUUGGACUUUCAACCAGGUUUUAGUCCAUCCUUUUGUAGAAGUUUCUUUUCAGCGAACAGUCUGCAGGACAACAGCAGCAGAGGGGCCAAACCCCAACUGGAAUGAGGAACUUGAACUUCCAUUUAGAGCUCCUAAUGGUGACUACAGCACCACAAGUUUGCAAUCAGUGAAGGAUGAAGUGUUCAUUAACAUUUUUGAUGAAGUACUCUAUGAUGUCUUAGAGGAUGAUCGUGAAAGAGGAAGUGGAAUCCACACUCGUGUUGAGAGACAUUGGCUGGGAUCUGUUCGGAUUCCGUUUUCUACCAUAUACUUUCAAACAAGGAUUGAUGGCACAUUUAAGAUAGAUAUUCCUCCAGUACUCCUUGGCUACAGUAAAGAAAAGAACCUAGGAAAUGAGAGAAGUUAUGAUUCUGUCCGAAGUCUGAGUGAGGGGUCCUACAUAACAGUGUUUAUUACUAUUGAACCACAGCUUAUUCCUGGAGAUCCAGUUCGAGAAAAGAUGAAUGAAAUGCUUAAGAAGUUUGAUACCCAAGAAGAUGAGAAGUUGCUCCAAGCAGCAGAGAAGUAUCAGGCUGAAUGUGCAUUGAAGUUUCCAAGCCGCCAAUGCCUGACAACUGUAGUUGACAUAAAUGGGAAAACAGUUUUUAUUACCAGAUAUAUCAAACCUCUGAACCCACCACAGGAGCUCCUUAAUGGUCAUCCUAAUAAUUCUCAGGCAGCAGCAGAGUUGGUGGCUCGAUAUGUUUCUUUGAUUCCUUUCUUGCCAGAUAGUGUGUCAUUUGCUGGAAUCUGUGAUUUAUGGAGUACAUCAGAUCAAUUUCUUGAUCUUCUGGCUGGUGAUGAGGAGGAGCAUGCUGUGCUUUUAUGUAAUUACUUCCUUUCUAUGGGCAAAAAAGCCUGGCUGAUAAUUGGAAAUGCUAUUCCUGAGGGGACAACUGCAUAUGUAUUAACUUGGGAGCAAAAUCAGUAUGUGAUUUGGAAUCCCAGUAAUGGACGUUGUUAUGGACAGUUUGAUACUUUCUGUCCAUUGCAAAGUGUGGGCUGUUUGAUUAGCUUCGAUAAUAUCUGGUUUAAUAUCCAACAAUAUGAUUCCCCAGUAAGGAUAAAUUUUGACAUCAGCAAACCCAAAUUAUGGAAAUCUUUCUUUUCACAAAGCUUACCAUACCCUGGUCUCUCAAGUGUUCAGCCUGAAGAAUUAAUUUACCAGCAUAUAGACAAGGCUGCUGCAUUAGAACUGCAGGGCAGGAUCGAAAAGAUACUGAAAGAGAAGAUUAUGGAGUGGAGGCCAAGGCAUCUAACUCGUUGGAACAGAUACUGUACCUCCACGCUCCGUCAUUUCCUGCCUCUCCUGGAACAGUUCCAAGGAAAAGCUGUAGAAGAUGACCACCAGGCAGAACUGCAAAAACAGCUGGGAGAUUACAGGGUUUCUGGAUUUCCUAUUCAUAUGCCAUUUUCUGAAGUGAAACCUUUAAUAGAAGCUGUGCAUAGUACUGGAGUCCAUACCAUCGAUGUUUCAAAUGCAGAAUUUGCUCUAGCAGUAUACAUCCAUGCUUAUCCCAAAAAUGUUCUCUCUGUGUGGAUUUACAUUGCUUCACUUGUUCGUAAUAGAUAAAAGUUUAGACUGGAAUAAAGGCACUCAAUGAGACAGCAACUCCCUAUCAGAGAAACGCUUUAGUGUAAAAAAAAAAAAACAUUGUCUCCAAUUAUACAUAAGGGAAUUGUUUGGAGUAUUGUUCACACCCCCUAACAGUGAAGGUGAAAAAGCAUAGUAGUAUUCUGGAUAUUGCCUUUGUAGAGAUUCUAUGGCGCUUUUCAGUCCUUGGCUUUUUGCCUACAAAGAGAUUAUGUGCAUGCUGGCUUUUGCCUCUAUACUAUGAAACACUAUGUAUGGAGCAGAGCCAUUCUCCAGCUCGUACAUAGUUGUGAGAGUAAAAAUGCCAGUAGACACUGGCAGCCUAUACCUGCUAAGCCUCCCAGCACUGGUACUUUCUGAGCUGCUGUUAGGGUGGGAGAUUUCCCCCCAAAAUAUUAAUGGUAGACCUAGCUUCACCCCUCCCUCCCAUCCAGGCAUGGCCUCAGCAGCUUGGGUAAAACACAUAAAGGAGGAACUCUGCCUACCCACUUUCAGCUGACACCAACCUGUAUGCAUCCUAUGUUGAUGGUUCCAAAACUCUGUCCAGCUCCAAAACAUUCUGUUAGUCUAUAAGAUGCUACAGGACUCUUUGCUGCUUUUACAGAUCCAGACUAACAGGGCUAUGCUAUGUCCAGUGAAGUUACUUCAGUCAAGAGACUGUGACGAAGUUGGGUUUUAUUCAUCUUGUGAUGUUACAUGUGAGUCUAGGGUGACCAGAUGUCCUGAUUUUAUAGGGACAGUCGCUAUUUUGGGGUCUUUUUCUUAUAUAGGCUCCGAUUACCCCCCACCUCCAUCCUGAUUUUUCACACUUGCUGUCUGGUCACCCUAUGUUUCUUACUGUCAUAUACUAAUAUUGUGUGUGCCUCAGUUUUCCUGUGUACUGUACCAAUAUUUCGGUGGUGAGAAUUUGGUGUGUGAUUUUUGCUGAGGCCCUCAGGGCAGGUGAGGCUGCCCAGCAGUCUGCACCUAUGCUAUGGCAGUGCCCUUUGUAACCUGAGACCUGGGAGGGGUUGUGACCAGGUGACACCUUUUUGCCCGGGAAGCAGGACAAAGAGGAGGAGGAGGAGCAGCUGAUGUGUCAGAGGUCAGCUCAUUAGAAGUUGGGCCACCUGGAAGAGGAGGAGUCCAGACUGUCUGGCUCAGGACUUCCCAAGAUGGACUUGGCUAAAAGUCACUGAUUUCUGUGAUAGCAAGCUCUGAUCUAUGCUGUGUUCCUGUCAACUAAUAAACCUUCUGUUCUGCAUGCUGGCUGAGAGUCACUGCUGACUGCAGGAGUUGGGGUGCAGUGCCCUCUGGCUCUCCCGUGAGCCUCACCCGAGACACGCUGCGGGAAGCACAUGGGAGGAAGGGGAUACUGAAUGGUCUGAAGUCAGACCCAAGAAGGUCGAAGCUGUGUAAGCUUCUUGCCCUGGUGACAAUAUGCUCAGAGAGAGGAGGCAUGCUACACCACAGUCCUGACUGGCUUCGUAUGGAGUAGUUCCAGAGCAUUGGCUCCAUGACAACAGGUGGCAGAGGUGGGAUGAGCUGCACGCCAUGGACAAAGCAUUCUGCAGUAAGUGACUGGGGAGCAGUAAAACAAAGAGGGAUUAGUGAGAGACAGGCAUGCUAGCGGCUCAGAGAAGUGUGGUUCUAGGGGAUGGAGGAGCCUAUGGCUUAACCCUGAGAGAGAAUGGACUCCUGAAAAGGGCUGUCGCACUGAAGGGGUUCUCCCAGGGACAGUGAGGAGCUGCGAGAGCAUCACCCUGUGAGUCCCUGGCAACUUGAGAACUGCGAAAGGAUGGCUUAUAACCAUCUCCUUAAGAACACUAGAGCUGUGCUGAGGGAGAGGGCUGUGAACUGGAAGAUUCACCAAGACACAACUAAUUGCUUAGUUGGAGAAUCAUCGCUCUAAGGAGCUGGUUCCUGACCCAGCUGGGGCCAUAAGAGAGGCUGGGAGCAGCCAGGCAGCCUCAGGGGUUACCCCAGCCACCAACCCAACCAGGGCCACUGGGAGGCACUGAAAGCAGCCAGGCGAUCCCAGCACCCGUGCACCCGACAAGCAGGGGUAGGUUCCCCAUUGGUGGAGCUGAGACGGUUAGAGUUGGAAAUGGAACUGGAACUGAAAGAGCUGGAGGACCAUGAGAAGGAACCGGAGGACCGUGAGAAACAGAGGCAGCCUGAAUUGGUGAUGGCGGAGCUGAAAAGCAGAGAGACCCCUACCAUCGUGCGUGGGGAUGGGCCCGGGGUAGCUAAGCCCCCAGAGAACUCUGAUAUAAAAGUGCUGCCUCAGUUUAAGGAAGGGGGAUGAUAUAGAUGCUUUCCUCACUGCCUUUGAGAAGGCCUGCAAUGUGGACCAGGUUGACCCUGCAGACAGGCUUCGGCAUCUCACCCCAUUACUAGGUCCCAAGGCGAUAGGGAUGGGGUGGAAGCAGGAGGCUAUGAACUGUUCAAACAAGCCCUGCUAUGCAAGUUUGAGCUGACCCGGGAGGCGUACAGGAAAAGGUUCUGGAGUAUGCGAAGACUCAGAGGAUGACUUAUCUGGAACUGGCCACCCUGAUGGGGGAAUAUACCCAAGUGCGUGACUGGGGCUGGGGCCCAAACCAAGGAGGACAUGAUUGAACUGGUGGGGCUGGAGUGACUAGAUGAACUCUGUCCCCCAGCCUGAGGAUGUAGCUGGUGGAUGAGCGGUCGAAGGACCUGGCCAUGCAGGGUUGCUGCUAUGGAAUGGAAUCCCAGGGUGAUAGGCCCACAUCAGUACAGAGGGAGAAUCACCCAAGGCCUCCCCAGAAAGAAGACUUAGCUAAAUUCUUCCUGAGAGGCACAGCCAAUACCAGAGCUGACCAACUGUCUCCCGAGGACUAAUGGGACACGAGGUAUAAUUAACAGAGGCAGAAGAGCCACAGAUGGACCUGGUGCCAAAAGGUCAGGGACAGGAUGAGCAAACCGAGCCAUCAAAGGGUUAACUGGGUGGGAGCUCAGCCAGAGGAGGGGCUGGAAGUUUAGCAAUGGCUCAAGAGUGAGGCAUCUCCCCAGCCAGCUCCUUCAGGAGGCUUGAUGCUCUGGAUUCAAAGUUUUCAAUUUACAGGGUCGGUGCAGGAUGGCCCCUGAGGAGCAAGGGCCUCCUUUCCCUGCACGUGGCUGGGAAGCAGAUCACUGGGUAUUGGGACAUGGGCACUCAAGUAGUACUGGCCUGGCCCUAGGGGGUGACCCCAGACCAGGUGGUCCCAAUACCUACCUGAGCCUGAUGGAGGUAGGUGGGUCCCUAUUUAAGGUACCUGUGGUGAGGGUAUGUCUGAAAUGGAUGGGCCUCAAAGAUGUGGGGGUGCACUAGCAGUCACCAGCUGAGGUGUUGUGGCGCGUGACCUGGCAGAUUAGUCAGGUGGCCCCCAGAAGGCCCUAGUCAUUACAAGUAGCCAGAGCCAGUGGGGCAAUCUACCCUGACACGGGGGAGGGUAUCCCACAGGAGCUGCAUGGCCCUACCCUGGCAGGAAGGGAGCCACCAGGGACAGGACUUGGUGGGGCUGCGGCCUUGGGCCCAGAUAGUGAGAGGGAGCUAGUCCCCAUCCCUUCCCCAGCCACUGAAUUCCAGGUCAAGCUGCAGCAGGAUCCCUCCUUAGAGAAGCUGAGGGAACUUAUUAAUUGCAGCAAGCUGCUGGGAAGGAUUCUGCUGGGAGAAGGGAUUCAUGUUCUGGGAAUGGGCUCCCCCAGGGGAAGUGGAACAGCGGGGGAUCAGGAGGCAGCUUGUAGAGCACCCAGAAGUACCACCCCAGGGUACUGUAUCUGGCCCAUGAUGUCCCUCUAUUGGGACACCAGGGAAUCCAGCGCACCAGAGGCUGCUAUAGAACUUUUACUGGCCUGGAGGCUUUGAUGCUGUCCAACAGUACUGCAGGUCCUGCACCCCCUGCCAGAGGUGUGUAAGACCCAGGACAAUAGAAAAGCACCUUUGAGGCCCCUGCCCAUCAUAGAGGAUCUUUUUCAGAAAGUGGCUGUGGACACAGUGUGGCCCUCAGCAAAGUGACUUGGAUGGAGAGAAAAAAACAUUCUGGGGGUGGUAGAUUUUUGCUACUUGCUAUGCAGAGGCAGACACUGGCAGAUGUGCUGCUGACCAUUUUCAGCAGAGAGGGGUUCCCCAAGUCGGUCCUUACAGACCAUGGUUCCCAUUUCCUGUCAACGGUGCUCCGGUACUUGUGAGAGAGGGGUGGGGUCUAACACACCUGCACUUUGGCAUCCUCACACCAGCGGGCUGCGGGAGAGAUUCAGUGGGCCUCUGAAGAUGAUGAAGACUUUUAUGAGCCAGCACCUGCAGGCUUGGGCUAAGUAUUUACCCCACUUGCUGUUCGUGUACUGAGCAGUGUCCCAGGAAUCUAUAGCGUUCUCACCUUAUGAGUUGCUGUAUGGGAGAGUGAGGGAUCCCUUGGACUUGAUGAAGGAUGAAUGGGAGAGGAAGGCCUCCCUUGAUGGAGAAUCAGUGGUGGAGCAUGUACUGAUUUUCUGGGAAAAGCUUGCUGACUUCAUGGACUUGACCAAGGCCUGAGGGAAGGAGAAGCUCUGGCACAACUACUCUGCGCAUGCCCACUCUUAUGCCACUGGGGACCAGAUGAUAGUUCUCAUUGUAAAGAAUAAAUUGCCUGGGCUGGGCCCUUUAAGGUCAUCAAGCAGCUGAAGUAGGUGCACUAUGUGGUGGCAUUGUUUAACAGGGCUCUCAGCCACCAGGUAUACCAUGUCGACAUGAUGAAGCCUUACUCUGACAGGGAGAAUUUGGUACUAACCAGUGGGAGGAGUAGGAAGAUGAUCCCUUUGUGGAUCUAUUCCCCGAGAUGGGCUGGAUCAUCACUGGGAUCAAUUCCCCUCUCUCACCAGCUAGCCCUUACUCAGCAGUUGCUGCAUUCCUACCAACAGCUGUUCCCCAACUGGCCUGAGAUCAUUAACCUGGCUGUCCUGGGUGGAGACAAGAGCUCACCCUCCUGUAAGAUGCUCACCAUUCUGGGUCAUAGGGAAAACAGCCCAGAACCAAGAGGUCAAGGACAUACUGGCUUUAGGGGCUCCUCCGGCCCUUGGACCUCUCCCAAAGUGUUGGGUCCCAAAGAUGGGUGAAUCUGGUUUUGUGUGGACUACUGCAAGCUUAAUGCCAUCACCAAGUUCGAUACAAACCUCAUGCCUAGGCCUGAUGAGCCCGUAGGCACAUUGGGGAGGGGGUAGGCAGUGUUAUCUCACCUACUGUUACUAGCAAGUGACUUUGGAUCCAGGUGCCAGGCUGAAAUCUGCUUUUAUCACCCCACUGGAGCUAGGAGAGUUCUUGGUCCUACCUUUUGGCCUAAAGGGGGGGGCAUCUGCACCCUUCAAGUGCAUGGUGUACCAGUUACUCGAGGGAAUGGAGAAUUUUGCCCUGAUGUAUAUUGAUAUGUGUUUUUAGCCAGAUGUGUCACAAAGUGCUGGACCAGCUCCAGGAUGCAGGACUGACCACAAAAGCUAGCAAGUACAGGUGGGGUGGUAGCGGUAUUAUACCUGAGCAGCUGCCUAAAGCCAUAGCCAGCCAAGGUGGAGGUUAUCAGAGAUUGGCCUGCUCCCUCACUUAAGAAACAGGUCCAGGCCUUUACUGGGAGGGCAGGGUACUACCAGAGAAUCAUGCCCCACUUGAGCUCCAUAACCACCCCAUCACUGUCAUAUACUAAUACCAUGUGUACCUCAGUUUCCAUGUACUGCACCAAUAUUUCAGUAGUAGGAAGUGAGGAUUGCUCAGGCCCUUGGAGCAGGUGAGGCUGCCCAGCAGUCUGCACCUAUACUAUGGCAGUGACCUUUAUAACCUGAGACCCAGGAGGGGGCUGUGACUAGGUGACACCUUUUGCCCAGGAAGCAGGAUAAAGACAAGGAAGAACAACAGGUGUGUCAGAGGCCAUCUGCUUCAGGGACUGGAACAGAAGUCCAGGCCCUCAAGCCUAGGCUUCCAGGAAGUCACUGAUGGACUUGGCUGAGUCACUGAUUUCUAAGAUAGCAAGCUCUGUUCUAUGCUAUGUUCCUGUCAACUAAUAAACCUGUUCUACAUGUUAGCUGCGAGUCACUGAUGCCUACAGGAAUUGGGGUGCAGGGGCCUCUGGCUUCAGCAGGAGCCCCACCCAAGGGGAUGUGCAGCAUGAAGCAAAGGGGAGGGGGAUGUUGAGUGCACUAAGGUAAAACCCAGGAAGGUCAAAGCGGUAUAGCUUCUUGCCCUGGUGAUGAUAUGCUCAGAGAGAGAGAGGAGGCAUGUUACACCACAGUCCUGACUGACUUUGUAUAGAGUAGUUCCAGCACCUUGGCCCAGUGACUCUGUGACAGAGACUAGUGAACAUUCUUCUUACAGUACCAACUGCAUUGACUUAAUUGUAUGUGAAAGAAUCAGGCCCACUUGGCAUCUGCAGAAUUGUCUCAAGCUACAAAAGAGCCAACAUGGUUAGUAGUUGUUUUGUAUACAAAAGCUACUAUAAGCACAGAAUUAUGGUGUCUUUCUCACAAAAAAUGGCAACUGAAGAGAGACUGCUGCUGUAACUGUCUUAUGACAAGCACCUCUUUCAGGAGCGAUCUGUAUAUUAAUUUGUAUCUAUGAUAGUUCUUUUCUAUAGGUAUGUUGGUUUUUUUAUUUGUCUUUUCUAGCAUUGUGUUUCAUAAUAAAAGCUAAUUGAGAAGUA